AUGGCAGAUGAAAACAAUCAGAAAAAGAAACAGGAUAAUAAAAAUCCUAAACGUACCCCUAAUAAAAAGUUUUCAAUUAAAAAGCGAUUACCAGUUCGACCUGUCGAAGGCAACAAUGUCAUAUUUGUGACAAAAAAGACUAAUUUUAAGGCCCAACUAGAUAAAUGCUGCGAUCUGCUUACAAAAGGUGAAAAGGAAAUUAUACUACACGGCUUAGGUGCCGCUAUACAAAGAUGUUGUAAUUUGGCACUACAACUUGAAAUAUUGUUUUCUGGGACUUGCCAAAUAGAAGUUAAUACCGGUACGGUUGAUCUGAUUGACGAUCUGGAACCUCUGACAGAUGAUGUAGAGUUCGGAGCUCAAGUCAGACACUCGUCUUCAAUACAUAUUAGGAUAUUCAGAACUGCAAUGCUUGGUGCAAACCAGUAA